AGACACGCGCCGGCAGCGACAGGACUCAAACGUGGAGAGUAAACGGUCCGUUUUGAUACUAAUAUUUUCCUCUUUUUAGCACGACAUGGACGACGAGGAAGAGACAUACAGACUAUGGAAAAUCAGGAAAACUAUAAUGCAGCUGUGUCACGAUCGAGGUUAUUUGGUGACGCAGGACGAACUGGAUCAGACUCUCGAUGAGUUCAGAAGCCAGUUUGGAGACAAACCCAGCGAAGGUCGACCGCGGCGCACGGAUCUCACGGUCCUGGUCGCCCACAACGACGACCCGACCGACCAGAUGUUUGUGUUCUUCCCUGAGGAGCCCAAAGUUGGCAUCAAGACCAUAAAGAUGUAUUGUCAGCGCAUGCAAGAAGAAAACAUCACCAGGGCCAUCAUUGUGGUCCAGAUGGGCAUGACGCCCUCCGCUAAACAGUCUCUGGUAGACAUGGCGCCCAAGUACAUACUUGAGCAGUUUCUUCAGCAGGAGCUUCUUAUAAACAUUACCGAACACGAGCUUGUUCCAGAGCACAUAGUCAUGACUAAAGAGGAAGUGACCGAGUUGUUGGCUCGGUAUAAACUAAAGGAAAGCCAGCUUCCUAGGAUUCAAGCCGGGGAUCCUGUCGCCCGUUACUUUGGUUUAAAAAGAGGCCAGGUUGUUAAGAUCAUCAGACCGAGUGAAACCGCAGGACGGUACAUCACAUACAGACUGGUCCAGUAACUCUCGUCAAAUUUGAAGUCUUCUCCAAUUGCUGAAAGCAAACAUGAGCAUUUUUUUUUAAAACUAAUAAAUACGUUUUUGCUA